AUGGAUUCAGAUCCUCCUAUCAAACCAGACCGUUCGGGUUCUGAGAUCUCUUUCAUUAAGCCGGAACCAUUAGAUGACCCAUUCGUGGCGCCUUCUAUGUCUGGGGUUGCAUCCACGCAUUCUUUCGAUGCCCCAAGUACGCGCCCAUCGGCUUCCGGUGACUCCCUGUCACGGGAUCCUUCUGUUUCCACUCCAUUUGAAACAGGAACCGUCAAUGUUCCAGAAACCCUGGAGGCCGGAGUGAAAAUUGGCGUUGACCUCUUGAAUAAACUGAAAGUUGAGCUGAGCACUUACAAAAAUGCAGAUGUUGAUGUGUGGUGGGAUUCAAUCAAUACAUUGCAGGAGAGUGCAAGGCCAACUCGCACAGUCGUAGGUGUGGUUGGCAAUACAGGAGCUGGAAAAAGCUCCGUGAUCAACGCACUUCUAGAUGAAGAACGAUUACUUCCUACAAACUGCAUACGUGCAUGUACUGCGUCGCCUACAGAGAUUUCGUAUAACCACUCAGAUGAUCCCUCCGAAUUAUAUCGGGCUGAUAUUGAAUUCAUCAUAGCCGAAGAUUGGAUCAAGGAACUUCAGAUACUAUUCAAUGAUCUGAUAGACGGGAGUGGCGCGGUUUCGCGGGACUGUACUAAUGCUGAUAGCGAGGCCGGUGUUGCUUAUGCGAAGCUGAAAGCCGUUUAUCCCCAUAAGACAAAAGAAACGAUCGCCGAAGGAACUCCAAAGGAGUUUGCCAACGAACCGGCUGUUCGAGGGAGUUUAUAUAGCCGGUUACAGCAUUAUAUCGACAGCAAGGAAAAGAUCACCGGACAUGAGAAUAAAAAGCGGAAUGCGCCUAUGGAAUAUUGGCCUUUGAUCAAGGUUGUCCGAAUUUAUACCAAGGCAAAGGCGCUGUCCACGGGAGCCGUGGUGGUCGACUUACCCGGUGUGCAAGAUUCCAAUGCCGCCCGAGCAGCGGUAGCAGAAAAGUACAUGAAGUCAUGUACCGGUUUGUGGAUUGUCGCACCUAUUACCAGAGCUGUCGACGACAAAACAGCAAAGUCACUUCUAGGCGAUUCUUUCAAGCGACAAUUGAAACAUGACGGCACAUAUUCUGCUGUUAGCUUCAUUUGUUCUAAGACAGAUGAUAUAUCUAUCACCGAAGCUGUGGAAAGCCUUGAUCUUGAAGGGGAAUUUGCCGAAUCCUGGGAAAGAGCUAAAGAACUAGAGACUUCAGCGAAGUCUUCCGAAUCACUCUUAAACGAAUUGACGGAAAAGAAGGAUAUAUUGGGCGACCGGGUUGAUGAAAUUGAAGCUCGUCUAGAUAUAUGGGAGGACCUACAAAGCAAAUUGGCGAGUGGAGAGACGGUCUACGCACCCUCUGAAGGAUCCAAGAAGAGAAAAAGGUCCUCCAAGUCCUUUCGGAGUCUCAAGGCCCGCAGCCCGUAUGGAUCUGAUGCUAAAAACUCCCAGUCAAUUGAAAAGAGUCAGCCUCUCACCGAGGAUGAUAUUAACGAGAAGCUUGCAACUCUUAGGGCUGAGAAGAGGGAAAUACGUGACGAAAGGCGAGGUCUUGAUGCACAAAUUGCGGACGUCCGCAAGCAGAUGCGGGGAGCAAAAUCCGAGCGACAGCAAAUUCUUGAUAAGAUCAAAGUGAAGUGCAUCCAGGGACGAAAUGAAUAUGCUCGCGGCGCGAUUAAGCUGGACUUUGCUAUGGGGAUCAAAGAGCUUGACCAAGAAAACGCUGUAGAAGAAGAUGACACGACAUUCGACCCUGAUCAAGAUCUUCGCGAUUAUGACGAGAAGCUAUCUGGAAAACUCAAAAAAGACGACUUUCAAGGUCAUGGCUUUAUGUCUCUGGAGGACACAGAAAUUCCGCAGCUUCAAUCGCAUGCGAGAAAACUAACAGAGGAAGGACGAGCGAGCAACUGCCGUAGAUUCCUUAAUGAGUUAACCCAAUUGAUCAACUCCAUGAAGCUUUGGACCAGUAAUGAUGGAACCCAAUCCACACUUACGGAUGUGGAGAAGCGACGCGAGGAGAUGCAUUUGCGCAAACUCUUGAACGAUCUAGAGACGGGAUUCGAGACGUCUAUUAAGGAGUCAAUAAAGUUGCUGAAGGAAUCCCUUCGAGACCAUGUUUAUUCUGUCUUCACCUCGUCUAUUCCAGCGGCUAUUUCCGCAGCCCCUACCACCGCAAGCGGUUGGUCAGCACCCAAGCAGUUCGGGGGUAUGGUCUGGGCUACUUACAAAGCAACUGUUCGACGAAGUGGCGUUUACACCGGCGCCUCCGGACCUCACGACUUCAACGCCGAGCUAUUUGAGCCAAUCGCUCGUAAUCUAGCAACCGGGUGGGAACGUGCGUUCCAGCGUCGGUUACCGGCUGUCCUCGAUGAGUUUGCUGCUAAGACCAAAAAGCAGCUAAAAGCAUUUCACGAAGCUGCCCAAGCUCGCGCUCAACAGCGACGCACCAACGUAUCUGGAAUAGUUACCUUGUCUAGUCAAAUACUGGCUCAUAUACGCACAAUAGAGCAGCUGCCAGUCACUAUGCGGGCUAUCAUCACCGAUCUUCAAAGAGAGGCCAGUCGACAAUUCACCCCCGCUAUCUGCAGCGCCAUGCAAUAUGCCUAUCAUGUUUGCACAGAGGAGCGCGGCCCCGGUUCUUACAAUCGUAUGAAAGCAGCAAUGGCGAGCCAUGUUGAAACUGCGCGUUACACUAUGUUCGAUGAGGGUACCGACACAGUGAAGGCACAGCUAGAAGCGAUGUGUCGUGCUGUCCAAAAGAAGAUCAGUGACGAGAUAGAAGACAUGUUCAGUUCCAUCUUCCGCGAUUACAUGAAGGUUCUUGUGGGCACCACAGUCGACCGUCAUGCGAAGCUGCCACCCCAAGAACUCGCCAUGCGAGCAAAUGUUGACGACUUUUUGCAGCAUUGCGAUUCCAUGUUCCUCCCCGUUUUAGGUGACACUGACGUUGAUGAACAUAUGGAAACAACACGCAAGACUCAGGAGUCCGGAGCGAAUCAACUGGUAAAAGGUCAGAACGAGAAUAAUGCCGAAGCCUGCUUUGAUAUCCCCGACAAAGAUGAAAAAAUUCAAGCCAUGCCAGGCAUGAAGUAUGACCCAGCGCUGGCUGAAGCUGAUGAAUUAAUGCAGCAACAAAUUCGAGCGCAGAGCCAAAGCGCAGAGUGCGAGUAA